AUGUUUUACUAUGUGAUUAUUCUCCCUUUAGCUCUCUUUCUCUUAGCUUACAAAUUCUUCUUCACCUCCAAAACGCAGCGUUUCAACCUCCCUCCUUCUCCUCCUGGCUCUCUCCCCAUCCUCGGCCAUCACCGCCUCCUCAAACCUCCCGUCCACCGUCUUUUCCACCGUCUCUCCCAAACUCACGGCCCAAUCUUCUCUCUCCGAUUCGGCUACCGCCGUGCGGUCGUGAUCUCCUCCUCCUCACUCGCAACAGAAUGUUUCACUGGCCAAAACGACGUCGUUUUAUCGAACCGCCCCUGUUUCUUGACCGCAAAAUACGUCGCUUACAACUACACAACCGUAGGAACCGCUCCUUAUGGCGAUCACUGGCGUAACCUCCGCCGUAUUUGCUCCCUUGAAAUCCUCUCCUCGAACCGUCUCACCAACUUCCUCCACAUCCGUAAAGACGAAAUCCACCGUAUGCUCACGAGACUCUCACGUGAUGCUACCGACAAAGAGACCGAGAUCGUGCUCGAACCGCUCUUGUCCGAUCUAACGUUCAACAACAUAGUAAGGAUGGUUACAGGGAAAAGAUAUUACGGAGACGAAGUCCAUAACGAAGAAGAAGCGAAUCUUUUCAAGAAACUAGUCGCGGAUAUUAACGAUAGUAGCGGCGCGAGGCAUCCCGGAGAUUAUUUGCCGUUCAUGAAGAUCUUUGGAGGAAGCUUUGAGAAGAAAGUGAAAGCUGUUGGAGAAGCCAUGGAUGAGAUCUUGCAGAGAUUGCUUGAUGAGUGUAGGAAAGACAAAGAUGGUAACACUAUGGUUAAUCAUUUACUCUCUAGGCAACAAGAAGAGCCAGAGUAUUACAGUGACGUCACUAUCAAAGGCCUAAUGCUGGGCAUGAUGAUCGCGGGAACAGAUACCUCCGCGGUGACGUUAGAGUGGGCAAUGUCGAGUUUACUGAAUCAUCCAGAAUCAUUAGAGAAAGCGAAGCAAGAAAUCGACGAGAAAAUCGGACAAGAACGUUUGAUAGAUGAACCAGACCUAGCAAACUUGCCUUACCUUCAAAACAUAGUGUCCGAAACAUUCCGGCUUUACGCUGCGGCUCCGCUUCUUGUGCCAAGAUCACCUACGGAGGAUAUCAAGAUCGGUGGUUACGACAUUCCACGUGGCACAAUGGUGAUGGUCAACGCGUGGGCUAUACAUAGAGAUCCAGAACUUUGGAAUGAGCCGGAGAAGUUUAAACCGGAGAGGUUUGACGGAGGAGGAGAAGAAGAAGACGUUCAUAAGCUUAUGCCGUUUGGAAAUGGUCGGAGAUCUUGUCCUGGUGCCGGUUUAGGACAGAGGAUCGUGACGUUAGCGUUAGGGUCUUUGAUUCAGUGUUUUGAGUGGGGAAAAGUUAACGGUAAAGAGAUUGAUAUGUCGGAGACUCCGGGGAUGGCGAUGCGUAAGAAAGUGCCAUUACGGGCUUUGUGUAGGUCUAGGCCCAUUAUGAAUAAGCUUAAGGCCCAUUUAUCGGCUUAG